AUGACAACGACGGACGCGCCGACCGCGACGACGCCGGAAGACGCCUCGACGGCGCCCCAUGACGCACCGACGGGCGCACCGGCGGCGAGCCCACCGGUCGCGGGCCUCCAAGCCGAGACGUCGACCGCCGAGCAGGCGGCGCUGACCCUCCUCGAAAAGUCGGCGCCGCUGCACAUCCGCUUCUUCCACAACAGGAUGAUGAUUGACGCGCUCUUGAAGCUGCCAUUGACGAUCGCGCCCGUGGACCCGGCAAAGGGCACGCAGUGCGUCCACCUCGAGCUUUGGCUCCGCGACAAGUUUGCCAUUCCGGAAGGCAACAGCGUGUUUGCGAUCGUGCCGGCGCUGGAAGCGUACUCGCCGCCCUUGCCGCUCGUGCUCCUCAACACGGUCGCGCACCGCAUGCUGGAAGAGCUUCAGGACGGGCAAGAGAUGCCGAUCUUGGAUUACGCGCUCGUCGUGCGCCCGCUCGUGUCGCUCUCGCAGCCGAUCCCGCCGGCGACCGAGCAAUCGUCACCCUUCUUCCCGAUCAAUGGCCUCGCACUAAGCCGUCGCGACAACUCGGUCGAGCAGCAGCACGCGCAGCUCGACUUUGUCGACAAGAUGCGCGCCUUUGGUUUCGCCCGCAUCGAGGUGACGCCCGAGCAAGCCGGCAUUCCGGUCGAAGCCUUCCGCGCUGUCCGACAAUGGCUCCGCGACCAGCUUGUGCUGCCGCCAGAACAGCGCUGGUCGGAGCGCGUCGAUGCCACCGACUACAUUCCGAGCGACGAAAUGGAGAAGCCGCGGUCGCCCUUCCAGUCGCUCAUGUGCUGGUCCAAGCCUGUCAGAGACGAACCAACGUCGCUUGUCUCCAAGGGCCGGUACGUGGGCUUCAACGGCGACACGACGCGCGAGUACCUCCAGAUGCGCCGCCCGCUCGCCGCGAGUGGCACGGUCUGGCCGCGACCGUACUUUGUCGACGCCAAGCAGGAAGACUUUGCCGCGCAAAUGCUCUCGCUGCUCAACCUCCUCGAUAAUAUCGGCCGCGACUGCAUGGAGGCAGUGUGCAACAUCCUCAACAUUGACCGACACUGGAUGUUCCACGAGCUCCUCGACUCGGACGCGCCGCCGCCCGCUUCGGACGCGGACGUGACGACGACCGACCUCACAUGUCGGUAUGGCGCGUCCGUCCUGCGCAUCUACAACUACAAGAACAAGAAGGGCGAGUUCGUAGACCCGAACCGCCUCGACAUCAACAUGUCGUGUGGCUCGCAUGCCGAUCUGGGUCUGGUCACGGUCUCGCCGUGCGCGACCAUUCCCGGCCUCCAGAUGUGGAAUCUGGAACGCAUGCUCUGGACGGACGUCGAGGCAGAUGCGGAAGUGAUUCACUUCUCCGUCUUUGCGGGGGAGACUCUCGCGUACAUCACCAACGGUCUCAUCUCGGCGCCGCUGCACCGCGUGCCGGCCACGGUUGUCGACGACGAGCUCGAACGGCGCAUGUCGAUGCCGUACUUUCUCCGCGCGACGCCGCACUCGAUCCUAAACCCGUCCCGACCCAAGGGCACCCCGGCGCUCACGACCCGGGAUUUCAUGGAAGACGUCGUGUUCAAGAAGCGUCCGUGGCGCCGCGACUCGUGCGCGACGCCCGACUACUAA